AUGGUCAACGGCACCUCAACUCCGUACUAUGGCCCCGACGAAGACGCUGCCACGAUCUUCCUUGAACGCACCUUCUUAGCCGGUGAUCUAAUCUGUGGUCUGGGCUACGGCAUCCAGCUAGUACUCUACGCGGCUUGUGCGCGCUAUCUAUGGUCCCAGCGGCAUUCACGGCGGCAUGCACUCUUCCUCCUCGCAUACACCACUUUCGUCUUCUUUGUCGAGACCAUCUUCGUUGGCGUCCAGGCGCGAACGGUUCAACUAGCAUACAUCGACAACCGCAACUAUCCCGGCGGACCGUGGACUUACUUCUUGUCCUCGCAGAGUCUGGCCGUGAAUGUGAUGUUCGAGGCGACGCUCUUCGUGAUCACCUUCGCGUGUGAUGCACUCGUGUUGUGGAGGUGUUGGGUUAUCUGGCAAGCGCGCGGUCGUUGGGUGGCCUACCUUGUCGCUUCGGUUCCGUUCCUCAUGCUUCUUGCCUCCUUUGUUAUGGGCACAUUGUGGACACUACAAUCGUCGCAACCCGGCUUGUCGUUCUACUCGGCUCUUCCACAGGCCUAUGGCAUCUCGUACUACGCGAUCUCGCUUUCCAUCAACGUCAUACUCACUUUCCUCAUCGUCGGACGUCUACUUCAGUAUCGUGCGAGCAUCAUGAAGAGCCUGCCCGCCGCGCAUGCGAAGCACUAUCUUUCGCUGGCAACAGUGCUUGUCGAGAGCGCCGCGCUGUACUCCAUGUUCGCCAUAUGCUUCCUUGUAACAUACGCGGUCAACAAUGGAAUCAAUCAGAUAUUCCUCGGCCUCGCACAAGCUGCGCAGCAAAUAUCAACGUACCUGAUCAUUUACCGUCUCGCAGACGGAAAGGCAUGGAAGACGACGACGCUGGCGCGCGAGACGCUCACCACGAUGGCCUUUGAUGCGGAGGCUCGCAAGACUGAGCAUGAGUCGCAGGCGAUGAGCGCGCCGGCUUUUGCGUCAGGACGCGGCGCGGCCGACACAACGCUCUCCAUCUCAACGGACACGCCCGAUUCGGCUCAUAGCGCCGACCUGUACGUGCUCAACAAGGAGACGACGCCGACGGAUAGCUGGGAGGAUCAAGCUCAGCGAGAACGGAAGGUGCAAUAUACUGUAUGA